CCAACGAUGAAUAAAUGAUGUCCAUUCGCAGCCUGCGACCAGAUCGCCACAGCUAAGCGCCAGCUGGCCAAGGGGCAGUCCCCGGGCCAACGGCCCGCCGGGCAUCGCUCGGCUCCCGGACCUGAGGCCCGCCGAGCAGCGGCGGCAGGAAGAUGGCGGGGCCGCGGCUGGGCGCAGCGCCCCUCUGGGCUCUGGGCGGCGCUGCGCUGGGGGUCUGCCUCGCGGGCGUCGCUGGGCAGCUGGUGGAGCCCAGCACAGCCCCACCCAAGCCCAAGCCGCCUCCGCUGACCAAGGAGACGGUGGUGUUCUGGGACAUGCGCCUGUGGCACGUGGUGGGCAUCUUCUCGCUCUUCGUGUUGUCCAUCAUUAUCACUCUGUGCUGUGUUUUCAACUGCCGUGUGCCACGGACCCGGAAGGAGAUUGAAGCCCGGUAUCUGCAGCGAAGGGCAGCCAAGAUGUACACCGACAAACUGGAAACUGUGCCACCCAUUGACGAGCUCACAGAAGUCCCUGGGGCUGAUAAGAAGAAGAAGAAAAAGGACACUGUGGACACAGUGGCCAUCAAGGUAGAGGAGGAUGAGAAGAGCGAGGCCGCGAAAUGAGAAAUACGAGCUUCCUGGAGGUGGCAGCUGGGGCUGGCAGGCCCUGGGGCGCAAGUGCUGGCUCGGCUCCAGGCAUCUUAGACUCCAAGCUCACACGCGGAACACAGAGGUUGUAGAACAUCCUCGCCCCGCUCAGAGUGGGUGGCUAAGGCCCACGGCCACGUCCUUCUGGCUAAUCAGGGGCAGGGACAAGACUUCAGGUGUCCUGCCCCCUAGCCCGGACUCUGUUCCUUUUACCCCAUCCACGUGGCCACUCAGCAAAGUUGGUCUUGGGCCACUGUCCCUACCGAGAUCCAGAGCAGCCUCACACACCCCAGAUAUGACCCUUCUGCCAGACACAGCAGUGGCUCUAAAGGGAUGACGGGAUGUGGGCUCGCUUACAGAAAAGGAUGUGAACUGGAUGGACUGGGGGUGAGGCCACAGCCAAGCUGGCCAUGAGGAGAGUGAAGGUCACUGGGGAAAGCUGGGGCAGGAGGUUCCCAGACUUGGCUAGAUAGCAGCCCUGGUGGCUAGGGGGCUGCCCCAAGCCUGGCAGGGGUUCUGAGGUGAGCAGAGGUGGCCUGGAGGCAGGAGAACCCCCAGCCCAGCAGACCAAGCUCCAGGCGACGGGAUGCACUUUUACACAUUGUGAUGGAGCUGUUGGGAGGACAGCAUGAGGCCAAGGCACUCAGGGCUCGGGGUUGCAGGGUGGGUCACAGGUGCAGGAGGCAGAAUCCAACAGGCCAGAGGGAGAAGGGGAGAAAGCUGGCACCAGGGUCCCGUCUUGGGAAUCCAGGAGAUAUCUGAGAAGCCAGGGGGGACCUUGGACUGUUCUGUGGCCCUUUGCUCAGCUGUGGUGGGAGAUGCCAAAGCCUUAGGGGAUCACCACAGGGGGCAGCUAGGGGCUGAAGCAGCAACCAGCCUUCCAUCUGCUGAAUAUAACAGCACACAACUUCCUUUCGUACCAUUCUCAACUGCGGUGCCUAAAAGAAGCACUGCUGACCAGAAGGUGAAGGCCCAAAGGCCACCUGGGGACUGAAUCCUCAGGGAGAGAUGCACAGAGGGACUUCCAGAUGGCAGUGAACAUCAGCUGAGGCUUUCAGACCUGGGCCUGGUCACUGAGAAGGCACCGGAGAAGGCUCCUGAGCCAAGGGAGCUGCUGAAAAAGGUCACACUGCUCCCACGGCCCGUAGAUUUAUGAAUAAAGCUGAGCGCCGUCUCA